UGCUACACACAACACAUAUUUUAAGUUUUUCGAAAACUCUCUUAACUUUCAAACUCUAAAUUAUCGUAGUUAAGACGUUGAUGGAUGGAAAUGCCAUUGAAGGGCAUUCUUGGUAUCUUGGCCACCGCCGGCUCCUUUUUCGCUUUGGGCGCCUACUAUCAGCACAUUGAUGUGAUGCGGAAUAUCCGACGAUUGGAGCAGCGCAACCCACAUGCCUACUUUAUCCGAAGGAAGCUGUACGGAUUGCUGGGAAUCUUCACUGUAAGAGCCGACAGUAAGGAGUUCAAUGUUGAACCCGACGACUGUCACAAGUUGGGCGGUAUCAUGAAGUAUGGCUUUCCCAGCACAAAUGAUAUUAGUCUGAAUGAGACCUUUGACUUUGUGACCUCAUUCGAUCGACGAAACUCGGCCGUUCAGUGGAUGUGUGAGAGGGUGGAUAUAUCGAAUCGAGUAAUCUAUGGCGAUCCUUCUUCUAUGACUCCAGUUGGAGCUUUCAGCCAGUCAGAGGCAUCCAGAGUAUUUUUCCUAUCCAACAUAAAACCUUUUAUAAAAAGAGGGUUUAAUCUCACAGUUUGGAAUCGAUUGCUUCAGUAUGUCUCUGAGAUGAGUCAAAGACAUGGAACCGUUUAUGUUUACACCGGAUCCAUUUAUUUACCCCAUGAGAUGAAGUCAAAUAGUUGGUUUCUGGAGUUCCAAACGGAGGAAAGAACUAUGGUGGCUGUGCCGACGCAUUUCUUCAAGGUCCUGGUCAUCGACCCUAAGUUCGAGAUGGAUGCCACGCCGUAUGCGGAGGCCUAUGUGAUGCCCAACACUCCGUUGAACAACAAUGUCGAUCUGAAGACGCUACUCAGCGAUAUCCGGGAGAUAGAAAAUGCUACAGGUCUACAAUUUUUCGAGGGACUCGACCGCAACUUUAUCAACACACAAGUAACCAGCUCAACAAGCAAUCCAGUCCUUGCUCCUGUAACAAAUUCUGUGAAUAAUCCAGUAACCAGUUCAUUAGUCAAUCAUAGUGCCAUGUCAUCACGUGAUUCGACUAAGUAAUACAAAAUAAAUAACUUAAAUUAAGAGAGAGAGAGAGAGUUUAAUAGAAUAUAUAAUUAAAAUGUCAUUUUGAUGUUAUAUAUUUAAUUAACGAUAUUUCUUAUUAGAAUUGUGAAUAAAAUUACGUUUGGAAAA